CAGUUAAUGGCACCCCUUAUUUGCCUGCAAGAGAUUGCAAUGAAUUUGUUCUGAAGUUAAGUGGUUCUAAAACUGAAAUUGUUCUUUAGUGGACAUGAUACAACUGAAAAGUUCCCAACUAACAUGUGUUCUCUUUGGGGUUUGGUUUUCCCCUACCGAUGUCUCUUGUCCUUGAGGAAGACAAAGAAUCCUCAGUCCCACUUUCUUGUUGUUCAUUUCAGGUCACAGACUCUCAGCCUUUUCCGGAGGUCUUCUGUGAUGUAACUGCUAUUCUUUGCUCUGUCUCCAAAGUGACAACGUAAUGAUCGACAUGGUCAUCAGGUGGCCAUCCUCUUGAACAAGACUUCUGUUUAUAAAACCUGGGCUGAUAUCCUGGUUUGAUGAGGACACCUUCUUUCUGGAUCACCCCAUCUUGGAGAAAAUGGAGAAUAUAUCGCAGCACAACAUAGGGUUUCUUAAUGUGACAGUCAAGCUGGAAGAAGAGGAAAAGCCAUGCGGUUGGGAUGAGAGUGAAUCGGGAACCUUCUCAAGGACCAGCUCAGGAUUUCUGGACAUUGCCAUAAAGUCAGAGAAGGAAGAAGGGUUUUGCAACCAGGGAUCGGAGGAAAGCAGAGAUGCUGCUCUUCGCCAGUCAGGAUUUCUUGAUGUUGUCGUAAAGCCAGAGGAGGAAGAGCAGACGUGCAAACAGGAAUCCGUAGAAAGUGCAAGAGUUUCCUGGGACCAAGCAGAGUUUCCCGAAAUUGUUGUAAAGCUAGAGGAGGAAGAGCAGCAGGACAGUCCGCGAGCCGAGGAAAGGACCAGCAUCGCUGCAGACCGGCCAGGAGUUCCUAACCUUGUCAUAAAACCGGAGGAGGAAGAGGGGCUCUUUAACCAGGGGCGUCAAGGAAGUGCAAGUGUUGCUGGUGAGCAGUCAGAUAAUUGGAGAGAAACAAAGGCCUGCAUUGAAUUGGAUCUUGCCAAACAUCAGCAAACCAAUGGAGGGGAGGAACAUCAUCCCACAGAGAAAUCCCACAAAUACACUGUGGCUGAGAAAUGCUUUGUCCAAAGGAUGGCACUUACAGGUUGCAAUAUUUCCCAUGGAAAGAAACAUUUUAAAUGUGAAGUCUCUGGGAAAUGUUUUCUUCAGGAUGUAAACGUUGUGAAUCACCAGGGUCUGCCAACAGGAGAGAAACCACAUGAACACCAAGAGCAUGAAAAAUGUGUACAACAUUCCAGAAAUAUGAGACCUCAGACAUUCCACACAGGAGAGAAACCAUACAAAUGCCAGGAGUGUGGGAAAGGUUUUCCUUUCAAUUCACGCUUAGCAAGGCACCUUAGGGUUCACACAGGAGAAAAGCCAUACAAAUGCCAGGAGUGUGAGAAAUGUUUUGCUGAGAUUUGCAAUCUUCGGAAGCAUGAGAGAACCCACACAGGUGAAAAACCAUACAAAUGCCAGGAGUGUGAGAAAUGUUUUCUUUCUAAUUUACAGCUUGUGUGUCAUAAAAAAGUCCACACAAGAGAAAAACCGUACAAGUGCAAGCAGUGUGAAAAAUGUUUUGUUCAGAAGUCACAACUAGUAAGACAUCAGAAAGUCCAUAGAGGAGAAACACCAUUUGGCUGCCAGGAGUGUGGGAAAUGUUUUGCUCAGAAAGUAGUCCUUUUGAACCACCAGAGAAUCCACACGGGAGAGAAACCGUACAAGUGCGAGCAGUGUGGGAAAUGUUUUGCUCAGAACUCACAACUAGUGACACAUCAGGCAAUCCACACAGGAGAGAAACCAUACAAAUGCAAGGAGUGUGGAAAAUGUUUUGUUCAGAAGUCACAACUAGUGAGACAUCAGACAAUCCAUACAGGAGAGAAACCAUUCAAGUGCCAGGAGUGUGCAAAAUGUUUUGCACAAAAGGCACAUUUUGUGAUCCAUCAGAGAAUCCACACAGGAGAGAAACCAUACAAAUGUGAAGAAUGUGGAAAGUGUUUUGCUCAGAAAGUAGUCCUUGUGAAGCACCAGAGAAUCCACACGAGGGAGAAAUCCUAUGAAUGCCAGGAAUGUGGAAAAUGUUUUCCCCGGAAAGCAGACGUUGUCAGACACCAGAAAGUUCACACAGGACAGAAACCCUACAGAUGUCAGUCUGAUAUUUUGCUUGGAGGUCAUACCUUGUGAUGCCUCACAUAACUUUCACAGGGGAGAGACUCUACAAAUUGCAGCACAUCAGGAAUCAUUUUCCUUUCAGUUCACAAUUUUUUAUCUAUUAGAUAUUCAGACAAAACAAAAAAAAUUAGAAAAUAAAAAUAUUGUAACAUCUGUACUUCAAUAUGUAACACUGAACAGUGUAUAAUAGGACUACCCUCCUAAACCAAUAUCCUUCUUGUUAAUCCAUCCCCUCUUUUAAUGACAUAUGGUUUUGCUUUAAGGUACCACAACAUUUUUGUUUUCUAUUUCUAAUUUUUGGUUCUGAAUAUGAUGUGCACAGAUUAAAUGUCGCAUUUUCUUUGAAAAAUUACCCACCAGAGACUCCACACAGGAGAAAAACCACACAGAUGCCAGGACUGUGGGAAGUGCUUUGCUUUCCACUUCAGAUUUUGAGACCCACUAGCAUGUCCAUGCAGGGAAGAAAUAGUGUUCAAAUUAAGACAUCCUAUAAGCAGGCAGACACAACAAAAGAUUUCAUAAAUCCACCAUUCCAUGAAAAAUACCAAAAAUGUACCAUGUACUGUAUGCAACCCAACACAUGUAUGUCAUCCAGUGACAGACAAAUCACAAUACCAAUGAAGUUCUUUUUACGUUUUCUGUUAACAUACAAAAUACAGGAAAUAUGAAUAAUGUAAAUGUAUUAAAAAGGAAGAAACAACAGGAAGAAACAUUAAAGAAAUUCCAUCCAUUUUCUAUACUCACGUAACUUCUUAUAUUCCGGAGGUCACAAUCCAGCUGAAAUUGUGCUAGCGCAA